AUGAUCUCGAGGGUUUGGAGCCGUCGAUGGCUCUCGAAGGUAUCCCACGUUACUACGCCUAUCUUUUAUCCCAAUGCGAAGCCGCAUUUGGGUCACCUUUACUCGAGUUUACUGUGCGAUGUGUUCCACCGAUGGCAAGUACUAGAGGGAAAAGAGUCGUUAUUCACCACGGGGACCGAUGAGCAUGGGUUAAAGAUUCAAAUUGCAAGUGAAAAAAAUGGGUUUGCGAGUCCCAGGGAGUUUGUUGAUAAACUAUACAAUGACUUUAUCGAGUUGGAUCGGGUAUCCAAUGUGAAAUUUACUCGAUUUAUAAGGACUACAGACCCAGAUCAUGUAGCUAAUGUGGCCAAAUUGUGGAGAUUGUGUUACGAGCGUGGAUUUAUCUAUCAAGGUGAACAUAAGGGAUGGUAUUCUGUGUCUGACGAGACUUUUUAUCCAGAAUCUAAAGUUGUUAAAAGCCCCACGGAUAAUAAUAAAUAUAUCAACACAGAGUCAAAUAAUGAAGUGGUUUAUCAUGCAGAGAAUAACUAUUUUUUCAAGUUGUCAGCAUUUAAGGAAAGAUUGAUUAAGUACAUUCGGGAUAAUCCGUCCUUCAUCUACCCAGCUACCAAGAGAGACCAGGUUUUGAGAGAGCUGGAAGGCGAAUCGAACUUGCAGGAUCUGUCGGUUUCGAGACCUUCUUCCCGUUUGAAAUGGGGGAUAGAGGUUCCUGGAGAUCCAUCUCAGAGAAUCUAUGUGUGGUUUGACGCGCUCUGCAAUUAUGUCACCUCUAUAGGAGGCAUAGAUUCUCUGGUGACUGGUGAAACUCCACAAACCAAUCUAAAAUAUCUAGGAAAUCAUCCAAAAGUCUCUUCGAGACAAUGGUGGCAGAACACGACCCAUGUGAUAGGUAAAGAUAUUAUCCGAUUCCAUACAAUUUAUUGGCCAGCAUUCUUGAUGGCCGCUGAUUUGCCCCUGCCAAGAAAUGUGGUCGUUCAUAGCCAUUGGCUGUCCAAAGGGGUCAAGAUGUCAAAGAGUCUUGGGAAUGUAGUUGACCCUCUACUGAUGAUAGAUUAUUACGGUGCUGAUGCGAUGAGAUGGUUUCUGCUAGAGAAUUCACAGCUCGAGGACGACGGUGAUUUCCAGGAAAAUAAAUUGCAUAACACCAGGGAAUUGCUGGUAUCGAAAUGGGGGAAUUUGGUGAACAGAUGCUGUGGUGCCAAGUUUAAUCUGCACAGAGCAGUUAGCAUAUUUGCGUCCAACGACUCUCUUAUAUCGGCUUUUGAAGAUGAACCUGCUCUUAAGAAAGCGGCAGAGCAGCUUCUCAAUGAGCUUGCUGCGGUUCCAAGCAGUAUGAACGAUCAGAUAAGCACUUUUCAAACGAGGUUGGCAUUGAGAAACGUUUGGUCAAUAAUUGACCAAUCUAAUACUUUCAUGCAAGAAGCCAAACCUUGGGCGAAGAGUGGCACUCAACAGGAUGCCGUCAUCUAUUUAUGUAUGGAGGCUUCAAGGAUCCUUUCUAUCCUAUGUCAGCCAAUAAUCCCUACACUUGCCACUAGACUGCUGAAUCGUAUCGACGUCUCACCAGAAAGAAGAACACUAGCAUACGCCAAAGUCGGCGCAGAUGAUUUCUACGGACAUCACGCAAAUGAUAAAGGUAGAGAGUUGCCGCUGCAGAGAAAAGUCCAGAGAGAAAGCUAG